UUCUCCACUUAUAAAACUUAAAACAUGUGAAGCUGGCCAGUUUUUAAUUAACCAAAAGCCAACAGUGGUUUAAGCAGCCCCAGGUAGGGCCAGCACAAGAAUCACUCAGCCACAGGGUUAACCAGUGCCAGUAAAACAACACCAUCUCAGUGAAUGCUGCCGCCCUCAUGUCCUGUUAAAGCUCAAAACUGAGUAGCCUGCUUCUUAAUAAAAAUUAUUGCAGGACGACUAGAAGACUGAGUUCCUUAUCUUCUGUUAGCAAACGCCUGCAGUCCUUAAACCAAAAGCCCCACCUCCUUUCUGACAGAGGGAGAAGGGAGUCAGCAAGCUUAGAACACUUGAUUUUAAAAAACAAAGGUUUUUGAGGAUAUGCAAUGCCACCCACCCACCUAUUACUCUGUUGAAGUCUGCUACAGGAGUUCUACUGUAUUCUGGGGGCUGGCCAAUUGUUUCUUUUCUUUUUGGAACCAAACUCCUCCCCUUCUGCAGGCCCAGGCUUACUAGCUAUAUUGUAGCUAUUCUCUGCAGCUUCUACGAGCAGAUUCAGACCUGCUGCCUUGGUGUGGUGGGGCUGCAGACGGUUGCCUGCCAUGGAGUCCCAAGAUGCAGCUGCUCAGUCUCUCCGGGCCCCCAAAUGCUCACGCUGCCGGAACCAUGGCUUUGUGGUACCCGUGAAGGGCCACGCAGGCCACUGCCGCUGGAAGCAGUGCCCAUGUGAAAAAUGUGCUCUCAUUACUGAACGCCAGAAGAUCAUGGCUGCGCAGAAGGCCUUGAAGAGGCAGGGACCGGACUCCCCACUCAGGGAAAUGUUGCCACCUGGUCAGCACAGUCCCAGCAAUGAACAGGUGGCAACCACAGGUAGUGGCAGAAAGUGCUCCAUGCUGAAUCUUUCAGAACCCCACACCCAGGGGUCUGUUGUGCAGGAAGGAGCCAAGGGAACUUCUGCAGCAGUUAGCCACUCUAUGAGGACAAGGACUGCCAGGACACCACCCAAACCCAGCUCUCCAACUUUCAUAGAUUUAGACCAGCCUCAAGAAUGUGCUGUUGUGGGCCCAGAAUCUGUGGAGAGGGAGCCUCCGAAAGUGUAUCCCGGGUACUCUGGGAUGUACCCUUACCAUCCAUUUUCUGUUGGAUUCACUAUCAACCAAACAGGCUACAGAGGCCCUUCACCUGCCUCUGUCUUGCCCCUGCAAGCAGGUUUCAGGCACUUUCCUAGCAGUCAUGGGCCAGGAGGUGUUGCUUCUAUGCCAAUGCAAGAUGUAGGUGGAGAUUUUUGUCCAGGUUAUUACACUCCAUUGCCACCUUUUAUACCUCAGGGGUUUCUGCCAGGGAUUCACUACAUUCCGCCGCCUCUCCCACUGAAUGUUGUGGCUGAAGCUACAAAGGAAACAUCUGCUACACCUGCAGAUAGCCAGGAUUCUGGAGUGACAUCUGAACGCAGCCUGCCAUCUUCUCAGGAAGAUGCCAGUGGAAAAUGUUCCUCAUAUUCUGAGCACUAAAUGCACCAAAAAGUCAUGUUCAAAUGUUGACUUCAAGUGGUGCCAUUCUGAAAGCGAUGUUUCGUUUUGCGUCACUGACUGGUCAUGUCAGUAUUUGGGUUGGUAUUGUUCACAACAUUUGGUCUAUCAGGUGCUAUCCACAGCAAUUUCCACUGCUUGGUGCCUUAGUGCCAAAGUGGAAGUUUAGGAAUCUUCAUAGUCUGUUUCUGACAUGCAGUUGGACAGGAAGUUAAUGCAG